AUGCCCCAGUACUUCAAAAACGACCUAUGCUUGGUCCCCAUCGAUAAAGAAUCACUGCAGAACACGCUCACUGAGCUUAGAGAGGCCAUUGUGCGCGGGUUUGCAUUGCUAAAGGCAAAUAACCCUACUCCAGAUAUAAACGAUACCAAGGCGUUUGGCUCUUUAUACACUGGCGAUAAUGGAAUCGCCGUCAUGGCUACACGCAUUGCAAUUCAGGCCAAAUACCUCGGCGGCACCAAAGCAGAAACUGAUGCAUUGAUUUCCAGCGCUCACAGCCUGGCCAAAGAGCGCCUCAGCCCGCAUAUAGUCGAGACACGCCCGCAGCAUGGCCAGGUAUCGCCAACUGGAUCAGCGCACCUCGGCGCCGCAUUUGCGCGUACCUUUGCCGCGGCUGCAAACAUGACCUCUCGAAACGGGGGUAAUUGUAGAAUUCAUUCUCGAGACGUUGAGUGCGUUUGCGAGGCCUUUGAUCAUGCGUGCGAUGAGGAUUAUGGCCUGGGAUAUGACGAUGCUCUGAGUGGACGGGCAGGGCUCCUCCGUUCUGUCCUAGCUUUUCGCCAGUUUCGUCUCGAUAGAGAGACUGCAACAUCUUAUGAACUAGUGUUCAAAAGCGUGCCACUAUUAGUAGAUUGCAUAAUAGAGGCAGGUAAACUUGGAGCGGAGAUAUUCGUGGAAGAGCACGGAGAGAGCGAGGCGCUUCCCCUUAUGUGGCCAUGUCGGGGUAAAUAUUACGUUGGAAGCUGCCACGGAAUAUGCGGCAUCCUUGCCAUCCUCCUUGAAUGCAAGCUUGAAGAAUUAGGAGAUGGAAACCCCGAAAAUAACCACCUUCCUAUAAUUGGAAAGACAAUCACACAGCUUUCCAAACGGGUCAUUGCGAACGAAGGUCAUCUUCCUUCGUCUCUGCCACAUAAUUCCCUUGCAAGACGCUCUCCUCUUGUCCAGCUUUGCCACGGUGCCCCCGGGUUCCUGGUCCUUUUAGCUCGCUCACGAGGCAUUGCACGUUUGGCAAGCCAGGAGUGGGAGCCAUGUUGGGAUCAUGCAAUAUACCUCGCUAGUCAACGGGUCUGGGAACAAGGUCUCAUAUUCAAGGGAGGCGGCCUAUGCCACGGUAUUUGUGGGAACGCAUGGCCCUUCUUAAUGCUUCACAACCUAUUUGAAUAUGGGCCCAAUGGCUCGAGAGCUGAUAGAAUAGCAUUCAACGAAAGGCUGGCUCAAACACCGCCGCCUUCACAGAAAUGCUCUGCUGACCAAUAUCUCUCACGAGCACUGGCUUUCCUUCUGCAUGCUAGAAAGACACAGCCAUUCAACACGCAUACAUACGAAGAGAGCAUCCAAUAUCGUAUGCCGGACCACCCUUAUAGCCUCUACGAGGGGCUGUCUGGUACGAUCGUUGCCUGGGCAGAGGCGUGCGUGGUGAUUGUAGCUCGUCUACGUAAGAUGGAAGUCGACGAUGCUGUUGGAUAUGGUGCUUAUCACACUGAUGGAGCUUUCUGUCGAGAUUUGCGCCAUGUGCUGGGAGUUCCUGGAAUUGCAGUUCAGGGGUAUAUAUAA